AUGAAUGAUGCAACUACUUCCCUGCUCACUGAGCAUUUCAGCUACACUCCCUUGUCGCUGAUUGACGAUAUUAUCAACUCGAUCAACAACUUGAUCUACCAGGCAAUUUCUAGCUUGGAGACGGGCUUGUUGGCUACUCCUCCAGAACGACUGGGUUUCUCACACGCCACCAAUGGCCCCACUAUUGCGGACACGGACGAUGAUGGAAAUAUUGUCUACCCGGAAGCCAAGCUAGAGCUGGAGAAUGGACUGCACCAACUGGAGACACUUCUUGAGGCGAAUGUGGAUAAGGCCUUUGAUAAAUUUGAGAUUUAUGUGCUUCGAAAUAUUCUCACUGUACCUGGGGACCUGGUGUCGCAUGUGCGAUUGAACCAUUAUGAGGGCCUCUCAUUUAACCCUUCCCCCGAUACACCUACUCCCGAAACCAUCGCAACACUGCGCAAGAAAUUACUUGAGACUAGAAAGCUCAAUCGAUCCUUGAAAGACGAGUGCGCGCGCAACGAUGCUGUCAUUGCUCAGUUAAAUGGGAUCCUAUCGAAGGUCAACCCUGAGCAGGACAAACCAAUCGAUACCGAUGAACCAAAUACCACUACGCCACUUGAUCUUUCUUUCUUGACAACAAGCCCUGCCGCGAAGCAGCUUCGUGUUGGCGUGAACACUGGCUCAAAUACAAAGCACAGCCCUCUUACGACCAAUACCACCUUCAUCCUUACGCAGCUUCCGGCCCUUCAAGCAACGCUGGAGAACUUGCGCCCCAAGUUGGCCUCACUGCCCAACUCUGUUAAGGUGAUAGAAAGCAAGUCUAAGCGGGAUGAACGGAAAGAGUACAUCGAAAGCCGGAUCAGACUGCACCUUGAACGCGCUGGACAGCUUGCUAUGGGCGAUGACGGUCAUCCAGUCGUCGCUGGUCGCCGUAUCGAUAUCUCCGAGGCUCAUGCAUUGGAGAGCGUGGCUAAUAUGUUGACCCAAAAUAAGUCUGCGUAA